AUGGCGGCCCCGGCGGCAGCGGGCUGGCGGCGGCCACAACGCGUCAGCAUGCAGGAACACAUGGCCAUCGACGUGAGCCCGGGCCCCAUCCGGCCCAUCCGCCUCAUCUCCGACUACUUCCCGCACUUCUACCCCUUCGCCGAGCCCGUCCGGCGAGCCCCCGGCCCGCGCCCCGUAGCCCCCGCCACUGGCCCUGCAGCCCAGUUCCAUCCUAACCUGGAGGCAGAGAGCGACUCGGACGACAGCGCUGGCCUGGGCACGCUGGAAUUCACACUGCUUUUCGACGAGGACAACAGUGCCCUGCACUGCACGGCCCACCGUGCCAAGGGCCUCAAGCCACCAGCCUCCGGCUCUGUGGACACCUAUGUCAAGGCCAAUCUGCUUCCGGGCGCCAGCAAGGCCAGCCAGCUGCGCACGCGCACAGUGAGGGGCACUCGGGGUCCAGUCUGGGAAGAGACGCUAACCUAUCAUGGCUUUACCCGCCAGGAUGCGGGGCGCAAGACCCUGCGGCUGUGUGUGUGCGAGGACCCUCGACUGCGGCGACGUCGGCGGGCACCCCCCCUUGGGGAGCUGCGGGUGCCCCUGAGGAAGCUGGUGCCCAACCGUGCUCGGAGCUUCGACGUCUGUCUGGAGAAGCGAAGGCUGACCAAAAGGCCCAAGAGUUUGGACACAGCCCGAGGCAUGUCUGUAUAUGAGGAGGAGAUGGAGGCAGAGGAGGCUGGGGAUGAGCGGGGGCGCAUUCUGCUGUCUCUCUGCUACAGCUCCCAGAGGGGCGGCCUGCUGGUGGGCAUCCUGCGCUGCACCCACCUCGCCCCAAUGGACGCCAACGGCUACUCGGACCCCUUUGUCCGCCUUUUUCUGCAUCCCAAUGUGGGGAAGAAAUCCAAGUACAAGACCAGUGUUCGCAAGAAGACCCUGAAUCCCGAGUUCAAUGAGGAAUUCUUCUACGCAGGCCGCCGGGAGGAGCUGGCUCAGAAGACGCUGCUGGUAACUGUCUGGGACUAUGAUCUGGGCACGGCCGAUGACUUCAUUGGUGGAGUACAGCUGAGCAGCCGUGCCAGCGGGGACCGUCUGUGGCACUGGUGUGAGUGUCUGGGCCACAGUGACCACCGGCUGGAGGUGUGGCACCCGCUGGACGGCGUGCCCCUCCAGCUCAGCGACUAG